UUGCGCCAUGGUGAAGGAGGAGUGCAAAGCGUUGCUGGAUGCGCUCAGCAAAGUGACCGCUUGCUACCGGCACAUGGUGCUGACCAUCGGGGGCACCUCGGACUCGCAGAACCUGCGCGAGGAGUUGAAGAAGACCCGGCAGAAAGCCCAGGAGCUGGCGGUGGCCAAUCGCAACAAGCUCACCACGGCCUUGAGGGACAAGACGGUGAGCAAAGAGGACAAGGCGGAGUUCGAGCGGCUCUGGGUCAUCUUCUCCACCUGUCUGGAGAUCUUGGAGAUCGAUAUGCGCAGGGCCCUGGAGCUGGGCCAGGAGUUUCCCCUCAACGUGCCCAAGAAGCCGCUCAUCCAGACGGGCAUGAGCGGCGGCACCUCCGGGGUGGCCGCCAGGGCCAUGAGUGUCCAGAAUAUGAAAUACGAGGCGGACAACAACAUAGACGUGGUGGAUUUGAAGGACUUGGAGAACGAGAUCAACCAGGUGGGGGAGAUGAUGUACGAGAUGGAAAUGAAAGUCAGUGUCCCGCAGUGGACGGUGGAAGCCAAGCAGGACCCCGGGGCAGAGCUGAAAUCCACCAUCAGCGUGGGCGCCUCCUCUAUAGGCAUGAUCUCGGUGGAGGAAAACAAAUCCUUUUGCGAUAUUAGCAAAGUGCUCGCGGGCAUCAUUUUUACUGCUGUGCUUCUGAUCGCCAUUAUCCUGGCUGUGUGUGUAGCAAAACUCUCCUAAGGUUGGGAAGGUGACACCUGAGACGUUUCCAUUCUCUUGAACUGGGAGGGGUUUGCUUCCCCGGGUUACAGUUUUCCAAGCAAAGG